UGCCCAAGUGGCCACUGAGUUAGUGCCACCCCUAGUGGCUGAAGGAGAUGAUGUCCUUGUCCUUGUCCACAAUCUGCCAGAGAAUCUUCUAGCCUUAGCCUGGUUCAAAGGACUAACAGACAUGAAACAAGGACUUGCAAUAUAUGGACUUCACAACAAUUUAAGUGCAACAGGGCCUAUGCACAGUGGUAGAGAGACCAUAUAUCGCAAUGGAUCCCUGCUGUUUGAAAAGGUCACCCAGAAGGACACAGGAUUCUAUACCCUAAGAACCUAUAAUAAGCGUGGAAAAAUCAUAUCAACAACAUCCAUGUACCUCCAUGUGCAGGCCUUCCUUUGGAACUGUGGGCGCCAUGUCACCUCCGCCCAGCCCACUGUUGAAUCAGUACCUCCCAGCGUUGCUGAAGGGGGGAGUGUUACUCUACUCAUUCACAAUCUCCCGGAGAAUCUCCAAGGCUUUGUCUGGUUCAAAGGAAUAUCUGUGUUCUGGGAACACGAGAUUGCCCGAUACACAAUAGGCAGAAGUUCAAGUGAUACAGGGCCUGCGCACAGUGGCAGAGAGACGUUGAACAGUGAUGUAUCCCUGACGAUUCACAACGUCACUCGGAAUGACACCGGACUGUACACCCUACGGAUUGUGAGUGCAGAUAUGAAAAGUGAGGAAGCACAUGCCCAGCUCCAAGUGGACACCUCCCUUUCUCCAUGCUGUAACCCUCUAUACUCAUCACAAAUCAUGAUCCAACCAGUGCCUCAGUACGUUGCUGAAGGGAAAAGUGUUUUUCUCCAAGUUCAUAAUCUUCCAGAAGAUUUCCAAGCCUUUACUUGGUACAGGGCAGUGUAUCGUGUUCCAUAUUUUGAAAUAGUCGAAUACCACAGAAUCCUGAAUACCAUUACCUGGGGAGAUCAAUACAGCACAAGAGAGACUGUGUAUUCCAAUGGAUCCCUGCUGCUCAAGGACAUCACUGAGAAAGAUGCAGGAAUGUACACACUAGAAGUUUUGAAAAGUGAUUUCCAAAUUGAGAAAAUAUGUGCACAAUUCUAUCCUCUCGUGCAAAUCACUAACAGCGUAGUCUCAUCACACAGAUGUGUGAUCUUCACCUGUGUUUCACCUGACACUGAUAUUUACAUUCAUUGGUUCUUCAAUAACCAGAGUCUGCAUCUAUCAAGUAGGAUGACUCUGUCCCCAACAAAGCGUGGACUCAGAAUAUGUCCUGUACGGUUGGAGAAUUUUGGAGAGUAUCAGUGUAUGGUCUCCAACCGAGUCAGUUCAAAGACCAGUCUCCCAGUCUUGUUUCGCUGAUAA